AUGUCUCGCACGACAUCAGCCGCAUUGCCCCAUCAGCCAAUUCCGACGUCAUUGACUCAGCUAUCAAGAUUCAAGUCGGCCUUUAGAAACCUCGAUGCCCGCAUCAUGAACGAGGCCAAGCCUGCCGCCCAGGGGUCCGCCAAGCCGGCCUCCGCUGCUGUUGUCGCCGCCAUGGCUCCCGCUGUUUCCGGGUCGUGUGCUCUGGCGUCCAUGUACGACCCGGCCACGUCAUUAAGCAGGGAUCAAACCGGCUUCAACCACGGCGAGCUGAGAUGUCUCGACGAGUCUCAUCCUGGUGAGAUUGAGGACGUGAUUGAUCCCAAAACCGGCCGCUUGUUGGGCAUCGCCGCAACUCGAGCAUCUGGGGAUCAUCGCCGGAAGGCAUAUCAAGACGCCGUCGAGUCACUCCAGCCAAACUCACACGGCCUCGCCGAGCGCCCCAAGUACGCGACGCUGUCUUGCAUGACGGCCGAACCUGAAGUCAUCACCCGCAAGGUAGCGAAAAAGGAAUCCGUCAUUCUGGCCUCGUACGGACCGUGA